AUUCAUCGAAAUUUAUUUUGCAAUUGCAGCACAACAGCAGCAUAGCCAUACUCACUGCUCACUUAUUGGUAUUGGAAUCCAAAUCCAGAUCCUAAUCAAAAUAAAUAGAAAUCGUCGCAUAAAAUAAAAAUGGAAUAUGAAGUAAUAGCGGCAUCAUGGUUGGGGUUGAUCCUGGAAGGGCUGAGAGUGAUACCAAAAAGCCAUUACAUGAUAGGUUUAAUAUGUAUCAUAAUAAUAAUGAUUUACAAUUUCUUAGAAUUCCAUUUCAUUCACGAUGUUUUCCUCACCUUCUUUCGCGGCUCUCCGGUCUCUCUUACUUACAAUCCUUCAUCUCAUGUUUAUCACGGUGUCGCUUCCAAUUGUCGCCUCCUUCACGCCAGGUACAUGGCUACACCUUGGCUCUCAAGUCCUCACAUUCAAACAACAUUUUUGAAUUUCCAUGGGAGACCACCUUUAGUAGAUUAUGCAAGAGAAUUAUUUUAUGCUUCUGAUGGUGGAACUUUUGCUCUGGAUUGGCUGAAGAGUUAUGAUGUUUUGGGAGUGUCAACAUAUGAAGAUGAUAAAACCCCCAUUGUAAUUGUUAUUCCUGGAUUAACUAGUGAUUCUUCUUCAGCUUACCUCAAGCAUCUUGCCUUCUCCACAGCAAAACAAGGAUGGAAUGUGGUUGUAUGCAAUCACCGAGGACUUGGAGGAGUUUCUGUUACGUCAGAUUGCUUCUAUAAUGCGGGAUGGACAAAAGACAUACAAGAUGUCAUCAACCACCUUCAUCAGCAAAAUCCCAAUGCACCUCUAUUUGCAGUGGGGACUAGCAUUGGUGCUAACAUUUUGGUGAAGUAUCUUGGAGAACAUGGGGAAGAUAUUCCUAUUGCCGGAGCUGUUGCUAUCUGCUCUCCUUGGGAUCUUUUGAUUGGGUCUAGAUUCAUAUGUCGCAGGACUGUUCAAAAAUUCUAUGAUAGGGCUCUUACUGUUGGUCUUCAGGAGUAUGCACAACUGCAUCAAACUCGUUAUUCCCGUCUUGCCGACUGGGAUGGUAUUGUAAAGUCACGCACCAUUCGGGAUUUUGACAAUUAUGCUACUCGUCUAGUUGGGAAGUAUGAGACCGUGGAUACAUACUAUAGGCAUUGUAGCAGUGCUCAGUAUGUGACGAAAGUUGCAAUUCCAUUACUAUGUAUAAGUGCUUUAGAUGAUCCUGUCUGUACCUGGGAGGCAAUUCCAUGGGAUGAGUGCAGAGCAAAUAAAAAUAUUGUGCUGGCUGUAACACGACAUGGAGGACAUCUUGCUUUCUUUGAGGGACUUACUGGGUCUAGAUUAUGGUGGGUGAGAGCUGUGAAUGAGUUCCUCGGUGUUCUGCACAACAGCCCCUUCAUGCAUACACAAAAGAAGAAUCCUCAACAUUCUGGACAUGAAUUGUCUGUAGAUCAAGGUCCAUACGUAAAUGUUUCAAAUGGAAUGGUUGCUGCCAUCAGCAAUGAUCCAUUAUCAAGUGAUGUCAUAGAAGAUCCAUAUGAAAAACAAAGAAUCAAUCAAGAAAGUGGUGAUACAGUACCAGAUGCAGAAGAGCAUAUACUCGCUUGUUCCACUGGUCAAAUCUCCAAGCAGUUGGAGGCUAAGCCGCUUGAUGUUACUGCCAUUAUAAGUUGGUUAAACAAGCUGUUUUUGCAAAAUAGAAGAUCAACAUGGAUGCUUUUUUAUAUUGCCACCAUCUCAACAUUGCCAUUACUUGGUCUAGCCCUCCACUUCUUAUUUCGGAAGAAAUUUAAGAAGGUUUUACUAGCGAAGUCACUCAAGUGAUACAUGUGUGGAAGUUGCGUAUGGUAAAUUGUAACUUUUAAAAUCAUGGUAUUGGGCUUCCAUGUAGAGUUAUGGAUAUACAUGUAUGUCCCCUCGAAAUAAGAGCAUUAGCUAACUUGCCAUUUUGAAGAUCUAAUAGAACUGCAUAUACCUAUUUUUUUUUCA